CUUCCUCACCAACGUCUAAUCGACGGACUGCGUAGUGCAAACAGAGCAACCAAAUCGAUCUUUCUCUUCCAGUACUUGGAGCUAGAGAUCUAUACAGCAAUGGCGACCGCCGGGAAGGUGAUCAAGUGCAAAGCUGCGGUGGCAUGGGAGGCCGGGAAGCCGCUCUCGAUCGAGGAGGUGGAGGUUGCUCCGCCGCAGGCCAUGGAAGUCCGCGUCAAGAUCCUCUACACUGCCCUCUGCCACACUGAUGUAUACUUCUGGGAAGCCAAGGGCCAAACACCGGUUUUUCCUAGGAUCCUAGGCCAUGAGGCUGGAGGCAUUGUUGAGAGUGUUGGAGAAGGCGUGACCGAGCUCGUGCCGGGUGACCAUGUCCUCCCGGUGUUCACCGGUGAAUGCAAGGAGUGUGCCCAUUGCAAAUCAGAGGAGAGCAACUUGUGUGACCUCCUCAGGAUCAAUGUGGAUCGGGGUGUGAUGAUCGGUGAUGGACAGUCCCGUUUCACCAUCAACGGGAAACCGAUCUUCCACUUCGUUGGGACCUCCACCUUUAGCGAGUACACUGUGAUCCAUGUCGGGUGCCUUGCGAAGAUCAACCCAGAGGCACCCCUUGACAAAGUUUGUGUUCUGAGCUGUGGUAUCUCAACUGGACUUGGCGCCACGCUAAAUGUUGCGAAACCAAAGAAGGGUUCAACGGUGGCAAUUUUUGGUCUUGGAGCUGUUGGCCUUGCUGCCAUGGAAGGGGCCAAGAUGGCUGGUGCAUCAAGGAUCAUUGGCGUGGACUUGAACCCAGCAAAAUAUGAACAAGCUAAGAAAUUUGGGUGCACUGACUUUGUGAACCCCAAGGACCAUACCAAGCCCGUGCAAGAGGUGCUUGUGGAUAUGACCAACGGUGGAGUCGACAGUGCCGUCGAGUGUACUGGCAACAUCAACGCCAUGAUCUCCGCCUUUGAAUGCGUUCACGAUGGGUGGGGUGUAGCCGUGCUGGUGGGUGUUCCGCACAAGGAGGCGGUGUUCAAGACCCACCCGAUGAAUUUCCUGAACGAGAGGACACUGAAAGGCACCUUCUUCGGCAACUACAAGCCACGUACCGACCUUCCUGAAGUCGUCGAGAUGUACAUGAGGAAGGAGCUGGAGCUAGAGAAGUUCAUCACACACAGUGUGCCAUUCUCGCAGAUCAACACAGCGUUUGAUCUCAUGCUCAAGGGGGAGGGCCUGCGAUGCGUCAUGAGGAUGGACGAGUAGAUGACCUCUUUUCCGUUGUAUC